AUGCUCUCAAAUUUGAAGUCUUUGUAUAUAGAAAGAAACAAAUUGGAUGGGCCGAUACAUAUUAAAGAAUUAAAUGCUUUGACCAAUUUAGUGGAAUUAGACAUCUCGAAUAACCAAGUGAAUGACUUUGUUCCAUCCCAAGCUUGUAGCCUUUCACCGCAAUCGUUGGACUUGUUCCCAUCGUUGAAGACUCUUUAUUUGGAUGGUUUUAGUUUUAAUGGAACAUUGGCUACCCGGAAAGAUAUUAGAAUGCUCACUUCUCUUAAAAAUUUGUACAUGUUUAAUUGUGAGUUCAAUGGGAGCUUCAAUUUAUAUGGGUUAGAUACUUUGAGCAACUUGGAAAAUCUAUUUCUAUCCUGCUAUAACCCUGAUGACAUCAGAGCUUGCAGCCUUUCAUUGCAAUUGCUGGACUUAUUCCCGUCAUUGAAGACUCUUGAAUUGGGUGGUUUUAAUUUUUAUGGAACAUUGACUACCCAAUGGAAAUAUUUGACAAGUUUGGAAGAGUUGAUAUUAGAAGAUUCAUCUCUUCCUUCCAACUUUAUUCAAGAUAUUGGAAUGUUGGCUUCUCUUAAAAAUUUGGAAGUGAAAGUUUGUGACGUCAACGGCAGCCUCAAUUUUCAUGGUCCACUUCAUUUGAAGAAUUUGGAAUCCUUGGUCAUACGGGACACUUCCCUGGAAAACAACUUUCUUCAAAAAAUUGGAGCAAUGCCUUCUCUCAAGAAUCUAGAAUUAUGGGACUGCGGACUCAAUGGCACCUUAUAUUCCCAAGGUUUUUGUGAAUUGACAAAUCUCCAAAACUUGGAUCUUGGCCACAAUAAUUUAAGGGGUAACUUGCCCGAGUGCUUCUCCAAUCUCACAUCGCUUGAAAGUUUGCUUCUUUAUUCCAAUCAAUUUUCUGGAAGUAUAUCUGCCCUUAAGAGUUUAACAUCCCUCCGAACGUUGGGUCUUUCAGACAAUUACUUUGAAAUCCCCAGCUCAUUAGGUCCCUUGUUCAACCUUUCAAAACUCCAAUACAUUGAAGCAGACAACAAUAUCAUAUAUGCUGAAACCGAGAUGCAUUCUUUGGCCCCAACAUUCCAACUGAAUGAGAUCAGCAUAUCUUGUUGUGGAGAUGCUGGAUCAUUUCCUCAAUUUCUCUAUCAUCAACAUGACUUGCGGUAUGUUGAUCUAUCUAACAUCAAUUUGACAGGGGAAUUUCCAAAUUGGUUGUUGGAGAACAACACAAAUUUAAAUAGAUUAGUUCUCGCCAACAACUCUCUCCUGGGACCAUUUCAGUUACCUUUCCUUUCACAUACAGAUUUAUCACGUUUGGAUAUCUCCAAAAAUUCCUUCUAUGGCAACAUUCCAAAUGAAAUUGGAGCAAAACUGCCAUCAUUAUGGCUUCUGAACAUGUCAAAAAAUCAUUUUGGCGGCAGCAUUCCAGUUUCAAUCGGAGAUAUGAAAUCUCUACGAAUCUUGGACUUGUCUGACAACAAAUUGAGUGGAGGAUUACCGGAGCGCUUGGCAAUGGGCUGCUCCUCAUUGAAUGUUCUUAUAUUGUCAAACAACAGAUUGCAAGGCCAGAUGUUCCCUUCAAAUUUUAACUUGACAAACUUGAGUGAGUUGAGAUUGGAUGGGAAUCACUUCUCUGGAAGGAUCCCAAAUUGUUUGUCUAAUUGCUCCUUUUUGACAACAUUGGAUGUUAGCAAUAACAAACUUUUUGGUGGAAUACCAAGAUGGAUGGGGAAUAUGAGUUUGGAAGAAAUUGCCAUGGCAAAAAAUCAUCUUGAAGCUUCAAUCCCCGAGGAGUUUUGCCAGCUCAAUCUUAAACUUCUAGAUCUUUCAAUGAACAAUAUUUCUGGGAUUCUGCCAUCUUGCUUCAGCCGAUUACAGAUCAGUCAAGUCCAUUUAUCAAGAAACAAGCUACAAGGGCCACUCACAAAUGCAUUUCGUAACAGCACUAUCUUGGUGACAUUAGAUCUCAGCCAUAACCAGUUAACUGGAAUCAUUCCAAAUUGGAUUGGCAGUCUUUCUCAGUUGAGAUUUCUUCUCCUAAACAACAACCACUUUGAAGGUGGGAUUCCUGUUCAGUUAUGCAAGUUGAGCAACUUAAGCUUGAUUGAUCUUUCUAAUAACCAUCUUUCUGGUACAAUUCCUCCUUGCCUGAAGAUUACAACACUAAAUGAUAUAUCCGAAGAUUAUGCCCAUUAUUUCUUAACUGCUGAUGGAAAUAUGUCGAGUUCUUUCUCCAUUGAAGAGCAAAUACAGUUCACAACAAAAAGCAUAUCCUAUUUUAAGGGAAAAGUCCUCACUUACCUGUCUGGAAUUGAUCUUUCUUGCAACAAGUUGAUUGGAGAGAUUCCUUACACAUUCAAAAACAUCCAAAAAAUCCAUACAUUGAACUUGUCUUUCAACAGUUUGACAGGACCAAUCCCUCCAGCGAUUUCUGAACUCAAGCAAAUUGAGAGUCUUGAUCUUGCUCACAACAACUUGAGCGGAAAAAUCCCUUCUCAACUUGUGGGGUUAAAUUUCUUGUCCUCUUUCAGCGUGGCUUUCAACAAUUUAUCUGGAAGAACACCUCAAAGGACCGCGCAAUUUGCAACAUUUGAAGAAAGUAGCUACCUGGGAAAUCCAUUUCUUUGUGGCGCACCUCUACCCAACAACUGCUCAACAGGACCAUCAUCAUCAAUGCCAAGGGCUUCAACUGACAAUGGUUCAAUUGACAUGAACGUCUUUUAUGCAAGUUUUGUUGUGUCUUACUUUAUGGUGCUACUGAGUAUAGCCAGUGUGCUGUACAUUAAUCCUUAUUGGAGAAGAGCAUGGUUCUAUCAUAUUGAAGCAGGCAUCCCUUCCUGUUACUAUUUUGUGGUAGACAAUGUUCUUCCUAAACGAUUCUAUUGCGGAAAUAUGUAGCCAAGACAUGUUCAGUUGUUCACCUUUCCUCUUUGUUAAUGACUCUUUACUUAAUCUAUUAGUCUGUCAUAAAGGAUUCUAUAGUAACUGAAAAGCAAACAGGUGUACAUAAUAUAUCCAAGACAUCAAUUUUUUGCAUUUGAUACUACCAUAAGAGCAAAACUACAUCAUACAGGAUAUGUUUUGAUCGAGAAACAUUACAGCCCAACACCAAAUAACAGCCUGACUGAUGGCU